AUGCCUUCAAGAUCUAUUAGCCCCAGCCUAGACCCACAACAGCCGCAAGCCGCCUCCAGUCGCUCAAGGAAUGAUGCCUCAGGAUCUUCACAUUCGCCCACUGGAUGUGUCUCAUCUACUAAGGAUCCUUCUUCGACGCAGCGUUCAUUACCGAAACCACCCAGGCGUUAUUCGGAAGGUGAAGAUCCAGCUCCUGAUCCAUCAUCCUUAGGCUCUCCAAGAGACCGAAAAGAUUCUGGUGCUUCAGUAUUUCGAAGACGUUCAGAUGGUGAUCAGGUACCUUCUCACGCGGUCUUCAAUCCUAUCAGGUUGUCCUCAAACGCUGGUGCCUCACGGUCGGUACGUUGGAAUCAGAACCUUAUAUGCCCCUCCCCGAUCUGGCCUGAACAGCGUCGGAAGGGAUGGUUUAAUCGACGAGGGGAUCAACUGUGGACGAAUACUGGCACGUACAAAGCGCCCGAACCUGGUGACGAGUUCCCCCUUGAUCUGGACGGAUAUCCGGAGCCUGGUCAGGGCUGGAUGAAUGAAGAUGGUGUGCGUAUUGACGUGAUGCAUCGUCUCGUUCCUAAGGCACCCCUUCGGUCGGCUCUCAAGCCAAACACACGAAGCCAGCUUUCGCAGUCAGCAAUGAGUCUCUGA